AGGAGUAAAGUUAUGUAAUGUAGCGUCUGUAUUCUUUAUUGUGUGGUACAAUAGUGAAAUUCUAGAUUAAUUUGGUUUCAUGGCAUGAAAUGAUUGUCUAUCUAUCAUACAAUAUAUUUAUAUAUGGAAAUCCGUAGAUCAUUUGGGUUAGCCUCAAAUAUAACAGAAACUGAAUACAAUGAGCAAUUGGCAAAAUGAAAAUGAUACAUCAAAUGGAUUCAAACACAGAACUCGUACGUUUUAUGCAUGCUCCAUCGGAUUUGCUGGUUAUGUUGGUGCAACUGUAUGUCUGGUAACACUUCAGAGCAGUAUCAAUGUAAAGAAUGAUCUGGGACCGAAAAGUCUUUUCAUUUGCUUUAUUUGUGGAUUUGGUGGGAUUUUUACGGCACCGUAUGUUUUGAAAAGAUUUGGACCAAAAGUGACAUUGAUAGCCGGAGAGAUCAUCGCUUCGUCCUAUACCUUGGCGAAUUUUUAUCCAAGAUGGUUUACUAUGUUUCCAACAGCUGGAUUGUCAGGAUUGAUAUCAUCAUCAUUUACGUGGUCAGCAAGUGCAGUGAUUGUUCACAGAGUGGCUACUGCUGAACUGACGAAUAAAAUUGGAAAUCAAGCUGAUAUUGCUACUCAGAAAUAUUUUGGGAUAUUCUUGGGUAUUCUGGCAUUUGGGCAAAUAUUUUGCAACGGUGUCACUGUGUUGAUUCUCAUGUUUUUCAACGAUUAUAUGUUCCCUAUCACACAACAAUCUGAUACACAGAUAUCAAAUGCAACAGCAUAUACUCCAGUAUCAGAAUAUACAACCAUGAAUUUCUCUAUUAUUGACAUCUCACAAUGUGGUUCAAGGGAUUGUCCGAGCGAAUAUGCAUUCAGCGAUUCCAACAAACUUGCAGCAUUUGUACCGGGUCAGACUACACGAAAUGUGCUUUUGAUUUGGUAUUUAAUAAUGCAGUUAGGAGCCGCUUUACUUCAUUUUAUGUUAAUGGAUAGUAUCGCGGACGAUUUUCCCAGUCAAAUAGUAGAUGUUUCUAGAAACGAAGAAGAAUCUCCAACUCAAACCUUAUUGAACAAGCCAAAAGAAAAUGUUCAUUGGUUGUUCAAAUCAAUAAAAAUAUCCUUCAUUUAUCUCACGUCAUUGCAAGGAAUUCUUUCUGCACCAGUUUACCUUUUAUAUGGAUUAACAGUCUCAUUCAUCUGGUCGGAAUUUAGUCGUGCUUUCGUUACAUGCAUAGUCGGAUUAAGUCAGGUUGGAAUAACCAGCGCCCUCAUUGAAUUAAUAGCAUUUGUUGUAUCUAUGGCCAUAUCGAGGUGCGCCUCUACUUUUGGAAUGUUCCAUAUCUUCGUGUUUGGUCUAUGUUUCGACGUCGCGAUGUACUUGGUGGUUUUACUUUGGGCACCAACUGUUUCUACAUCCUAUCUCGUCUAUAUUGUUGCGUUGAUGUUUGGAAUCACUCAUGCUGUUCGGAGAAAUACGCAAUAUCUAACAACCUCUGCUUUUUGUCCGGAUAAAGAAAUAGGAUUCACACUGCAAAAUGUAAUUGGAGGAAUGGGCUUGAUGCUGACAUAUUCGUGGACAACUGCUUUCUGUGUUGAUGUUAAAAUAUAUGUUAUGAUAGGAGUCGUCGUUAUCACAACUGUACUUUGGAUGUUUUCUUAUAGAAUAUACAAGCAAAAGAAGCUGAGACUUUUAUUUUGGCAGCAUUACCUAAAUAUAUCACGAGUAAAAACAACUCACGAUAUUGUGUAUUCCUUCUAACUGCAUGAGUGACUCCGAAAAGUGGAGCAAAAAUGUAGACAACAUAUGAAGUCGAUGAUGUUGGAACCCAGACCAGAGUAGCAACGUACAAUGCAAUGUCGUAACACAUACCAAAGAUGAAAAUGUAAAACAUUCCAAAAUUUGAGGCACAUCUUGAUAUUAUCACAGAUACAGUAAGUGAUAGCAAGUCGACCAGCGCACUUGUUAGUCCAACCUGAAAUAAAAAAAGACAUAUCAUUUCUAUUUGAGUUCAUUUAGUGUAAAUAAAUUUAUCUUCUGAAGUGUGAAAGGCAUAUUAUGUUAAUUCAAAAAGUGCCCUAUACCGGGUGUAACUUCUAUAUAAGUGUAAUAACAUUAUUUUUUUUAUAUUGAAUUAAUUGUACGUUAAAAACUUAAUUUUAAUUGAGCUCUAAACACUAAUGAGCAGUAUUAAAAUUUGCAACCAUA